CCCCACCCAAGGUUGACCUUGACACCGACCUCCACGACACAUUCACAAUGGCGCACACCCUCCCCGACCUCCCCUACGCCUACGAUGCGCUCGAGCCGUUCAUCUCGCGCCAGAUCAUGGAGCUUCACCACAAGAAGCACCACGCGACCUAUGUGAACUCGCUCAACGCCGCCGAGGCCGCGUACGCCAAGGCGACCACCCCGCGCGAGCGCAUCGGCCUCCAGGCCGCGCUCAAGUUCAACGGUGGUGGCCACAUUAACCACUCGCUCUUCUGGACCAACCUUGCGCCUUCCUCGUCUGAGGGCAAGGGCAACGGCGGUGUCCUCAAGGACGGCCCGCUCAAGGAGGCCAUCACCUCCGUCUUUGGCAGCUUCGAGGACUUCAAGAAGCAGUUCAACACCACCACCGCGGGCAUCCAGGGCUCCGGCUGGGGCUGGCUCGGCCUGAACCCGACCACCAAGAAGGUCGAGAUCACCACCACCUCCAACCAGGACCCGCUCCUGACGCACAUCCCCAUCAUUGGCGUCGACAUCUGGGAGCACGCCUUCUACCUCCAGUACCUCAACGUCAAGGCCGACUACCUCAACGCCAUCUGGAACGUCAUCAACUGGGAUGAGGCUGAGCGCCGCUACCAGGACGCCCUCGCUGGCAAGUUCAAGCUCUAAAAGGCUUGAUCUUCCUUUCUUUGCUCGGGAUCGUCUCCUUUGCUGGUUGAUGGGCGCCGAUAGUGUACGGAAAAUUGAAGUGUAACAAUUACUGAAAAGCAACGUUGUAUUCUUGUGG